AUGGCGUCGUCGCGGCUGCCUCCGCACGCGCCGUUGUUGUCGCGAGGCGCGGUGCUGGAGUCGCGGUUCGAAGUGGAGAAGAAGAUCGGCGAAGGCACCUUCAGCGAGAUCUACCGGGCGCGCGACACGGUGACGGGGCGGCAGGUGGCACUGAAGGUGGAGAAGGAGGAGUCGGUGCUCAAGUGGGAGGUCUGGGUGCUCAAGCGCCUGCAAGGGUGCGGGGCGGUGUGCGAGUAUGUGCACGCGGGGCAGGCGGGGGGGCGCGCGUACGUGGCGAUGGAGCUGCUGGGGCCCAGCCUCUCCGACCUGCGCCGCACGCACCCCCACGCGCGCUUCCCCGUCGCCACCCUCGUACCCCUCGCCCUGCAGAUGCUGAGGGCGCUGAGGACCAUGCACGACCACGGCUUCCUGCACCGCGACGUCAAACCCGUCAGUGCCCUCCCCACCCCCUCCUCUCUGCAUCGCCUUGCCUUGCCAUGUCUACCUGUAUCACCAACGUCCCUCGCCAUCUGCAUCACCCGCUCCUUGCACCAUUCCGGCACCCAAGCCUCCCCCAUGCGCCAAUCAUCGUCCUCAGCGCGCCCCUCCAUGCACACCCGCUCACCUACCCCCUACCAACCCCCUCAUGGCGCGUGUGAGCAGUCCAACUUCGCGAUGGGCGUGGGCUCACGGCAGCAGCAGUGUUUCGUGAUUGACUUUGGCAUAAGCAAGCGAUUCCGCUCCUCCCACGGCGUGCACCCCGCUCGCCAGGUGGCCGAGUUCCGCGGCUCCACUGCCUACGCCUCUGUGCACUCGCACCUGCUCAUGGUAUGGCUCCGUGCACUCGCACCUGCUCAUGGUAUGCCUCCGUGCACUCGCACCUGCUCAUGGUAUGCCUCCGUGCACUCGCACCUGCUCAUGGUAUGCCUCCGUGCACUCGCACCUGCUCAUGGUAUGCCUCCGUGCACUCGCACCUGCUCAUGGUAUGCCUCCGUGCACUCGCACCUGCUCAUGGUAUGCCUCCGUGCACUCGCACCUGCUCAUGGUAUGCCUCCGUGCACUCGCACCUGCUCAUGGUAUGCCUCCGUGCACCCGCACCUGCUCAUGGACCUGGGGCGGAGGGACGACCUGUGGUCGCUCUUCUAUGUGCUCGUGGAGUUUCUUGACGGGGAGCUCCCUUGGCGCCACGUGCAGGAGAAGGAGAGGGUGAAGGAGAUGAAGCUGUAUUUCUUUGACCACCCGGAGCAGAUGACCAAGUCCGUUGCCUUCCCAGAGGAGCUCUCUGUGAGUCCCUCGCGCUGCAUCCAUUGCCACCCUUGCCACACCACCCCACUCUUCUGCACUGCUCUCACCUUUCCUACCUACACUUCCACCUAUCGCGCUCCUUGCAUCUCCUCAUCCAAGCCCUUCCGCCAACUGCUGUCUUAUGCCGCUCUGCCCCACCCCCCCUUGGCCCCUCAGGCGUUCGCGGAUCACCUGCAGGUGCUGCAGUACGCCGACAAGCCCGACUACGCCUACCUGCUCAACCUCCUCACUGCCUGGAACGCCCGCUGUGGCGGCGCCUCCCCCCCCCAGGAUGCCCAAGGUGCUGCCGAUGCCGCACACGCUGCGCUGCCACCGCCUCCCCCACCCCCUGCCACGGCCAACGGCCACUCUCACUCUGCCCCAGCGCGCCAUGCCUCUCACGACUCGCCCCCCAUGCUGCACCCUGCCGCAACCACACCCGCUGCUGCUGCCCUUGGCAACGGGGUGCAUGGCACGCCCGUCACCUCACCCGUCGCCUCGCCUGCCCUGCCAUCUGUACUGCACUGUGCACCACCACCUGCCAUCGCUGCGGUCAGUGGGACUCCCGUGCUGCCUGCACCCUCACCCUCAGUGGCACGGGCGGCAGCAGCAGAGGCGGCAGCGGCAGGCGCAGGAGCAGUUGCUGCUGCACCCGCUGGUGGCAGCCCAUCCACACCUACACCGCGCUCCGCCCCUCCUCCCCCUGCCUCUGCCCUCGCUGCACCAACGCCUCCCACCUCUACUGCUCCCAGCGCUACCCCAUCCAGCCCUACCCCUCGCACCCCCACCACUUCAAGCCCCACCGCGCACAGCAAUGGCGUCCCACGGGAGGACAGCAAUACCGCCCACCCUGCUUCUCCUGCCGCUGAUUCCCCUCCCGCCGCCGCUGCGUCUCAUGCUCCUGACGUGGUGCGUGCUGCGUCGCUGUCUGCUGCCCCUCCGCUGCUGCCAGACCCAGGCGCCGCCCCUGUGGGCAGCAGCGCAGGUGGGGGUGGCGCGGCAAGCCCCUGCGAGAGGAGAAGAGGCGCACAGCGCAGGGACAGGGACGCGCAUGGCGCAGCGUGGGAAGCAGAGGAGGGGAGGCGCAGCAUGGGGCAGGCACAGGCAGAGCGUGAGGCGGGGGGCGGGCGAGGGAAGGAGGGUGGGCGGGCAGACGAUCAGGGGGCUGAUGGGGAGAGCAAGGAGGGGGGCAGUGGGAAGCUGGAGUGGAGGGAGCAGCGAGUGAGUGGGAGCGGUGAGGAGGAAGGCAGCAGGGCGAGCCGAGUGAUGAGUGGGGCUGGGGAAGUAACCGCGCGAGGCCGAGAGGAACCGCCCACGCAAGGGCUUCGGGCGAGCGGCAGUGGCGGGACGACGGGGGGAAGGGGCGGAGAGGAGGACAAGGAGCAGAAGGCGAGGGGGGACGAGGGCAGGCAGCAGCGGAAAGAGGAAUGGAGCAGGGGCGGUGAGGGAUGUGUGGUGAGAGUAAGGCAAGAAAGGGAGAGAGGGACGGGAGGAGAGCGGGAUAGGGAUGGUGAGUGGGCACACAGGGAGGGGCGGUGGCAACGGGAAAGGGAGAGGAAGGGGAGAUGGAAAAGGGAGGAGAGGGAGAGGGAGACAAGCGGUAAAGGUGGAGGAUGGGGACGAGGGAAGGAAGGCAGUCACUCUGAGGGACAGGAGCGGGUAGCCGAGGAGGCGAGGGCGAGAGGAGGUGAAGUUGAAGGCGACAAUGAGAAAGCAUGUCCUGAACGCCCUCCUUGCUGCCUGCACGCCCUCCUUGCUGCCUGCACGCCCUCCUUGCUGCCUGCACGCCCUCCUUGCUGCCUGCACGCCCUCCUUGCUGCCUGCACGCCCUCCUUGCUGCCUGCACGCCCUCCUUUCUGCCUGCACGCCUUCCUUGCUGCCUGCACGCCCUCCUUGCUGCCUGCACGCCCUCCUUGCUGCCUGCACGCCUUCCUUGCUGCCUGCACGCCCUCCUUGCUGCCUGCACGCCCUUCUUGCUGCCUGCACGCCCUCCUUGCUGCCUGCACGCCCUCCUUGCUGCCUGCACGCCCUCCUUGCUGCCUGCACGCCCUCCUUGCUGCCUGCACGCCCUCCUUGCUGCCUGCACGCCCUCCUUGCUGCCUGCACACCCUCCUCUCGCUCCACGUCACCUCUUCCCAUUCCGCACUUCCACCCCCCGUCCUCCCUCCUCCACCCCCCCACCAGGCGCACGCGGGACAGGGCGACAUCCCUGUGUUUGGACCACGUGGCAGGGCGCUGCCCCCUGCCCUCCGCCCGCUGCUUCCGCCACCACCUCUCCCCCGCUCAGGUCAGCGCGCCACCUCUCCUCCCAUGCUCACCGUGUCCGCACCUGCUGCAUGGCACACGCACCUCCUCUCAUCCCAUGGCCCCCGUUGUGCACAAGAGUAUCGUGUGCCCUCUCUCUCUCUCUCCAUCCCUCCCCUUCGAUUCGGCUUACAACCAACCCUCCUCCCCCCCCCUCUCUCCGGGCUUCUCUACCCGCCCCCAUGUGCGCCCCACCAGGAGGAGCACUUCUACCAGCGGGGCGAGCUGCCUACAGACGCCAUGCAGCCCGCCUCCUGGGUGAUUCAGCGCCGCCUGCUCCUGCACCCCGCGCGCCCCCGCCCGCUGCAGCCUCCCCAUGCACGCGCGCCCUCUCCCCGCGAGCCCACCCGUGCAGAUGAGGCGCAGCACACGCCCACCUCCUCCCACCCCCGCUCUGAGAGCCCACGCCAGCAACAACAGCAGCUGGGGGGUUCGCCUGGGAAGGGAGGGGCAGGGCUGCUGACAACGCCAGGGGGGCUGUUGCCGUCCCCAUCCAUCUCGCCCUCCUUGCUGGGUGCCCCUCCUGCUGGCACACCCCCCUCCCUGCUCCACCCCCUUCUCCCACUGCCCCCCCCUGCUGCCCCCUCUGCGCCGCCCACCGCCCAUGGCACAGGAGCAGCGACCUGGGGGACCCUGGGUGUGAGCAGACCUGCCUUGAGCAGUGGUCAGCAGCUCGCUGCCACUGCCGCUGACUGUGCUGUUUCAGCUGCUGCUGGUGCUGUGGCAGCAGGGCCAGGGGUUGUGGGUGUGGCUGCUGUGUUGCCGCCAGCAAGCAUGGGAGCGGGCGGCAGUGAGGAGAGGGGGCGAGGGGUAGGGCUGGGGGGGGAGGAGAGGGAGGGAGGGGCAGGGAAGGCAAAGGCGCGGGUGAAGGUGGUGAUCAACGAGUGGGGGGUGGUCAUUCCCCCGCACGCCCUGCUGCCUGCCGUCAAGCGCCGCAAGCUGGACGCCCCCCUUCCUGCUGCUGUUCCACCCGCACAGGGCAAUGGCGCCAUGACAAGUGGCAGCAGAGGGGUGGGACCUGCCGGUGUAGCGGCAGCUUCAGCAGCGGCGGCAGCAGCAGCAGGCAGGGUGGGUUUGUCGGUGGGGCUGUUGGCGGCACUGGAGAGAGUGGUGGUGCCGCGCGUGGCUGUGGGGCUGCUGCCCGUGCUCUCGUGCCCCACUGCUGCACCCAAUGAGACACACACAGGGACUGACACAGAUACAGCCACAGGAACUGACACAGUGACUCCCGCAGACUGUAGCACCGUUACAGUCGCACGGACUGACACGGGAACUCUCCCCAGUGCCCGCACUCUCCCACUGCACUGGGCUGACGUGCCGUGUGCACCUCUCCCUGCCCACCACCGCACAGCCUGGUUUCUACCCCCUGCCCGCCUCGCCAGCCCCGCUCUCCCCCUGGCCUGCAAUGCUGGUGUCGCCUGCACGGGGGCGGGCUGUGCUGUGAGCGUGCGCUGUGACAUCCCGGCCUCGCUGCUGCCCGCCUCACACACAUGGCAGCCUCUUGCUCACGCACAGGGGGGCACCCUGCCGCCUGCUGCACCCGCCCUCAACCUCUCGGCCUCCCCGCAACAGGAACAGCGAGGGGAGCAGGGGGGGCAAGAGGGACAGGGGGGCCAUGAGGGCGGCAAGGGGGAUGACAGCGCUGAGCGCGGUGGGUGGCAGUGGUGCGUGCAGCAGGAGGGCGGCGGGCAGCUGGCAGGACUCAUGCGGCAGUGGCGCUGCUCCCACACCGGCACCCCCCUGCCGCUCUCCUGCACCCGUGCCUGCAGCAGCGGUGCUGGCGCUGGCAGUGGUAGCGGCAGUGCAGAUGGGGAUGGGGAGGCAGGGAUGGGCCGCGAGACGGACAGCAGCAGCAGCGACGACAGCGAGAGUGAGAGCUUGGGUGGGAGAAGUGAGGGCGCGAGUGGCAGCUGGGACCUGGGUGCUCACCACCACUCGCAGCUGGCGGGUGGGGACGACGCAGGUGAGGACGAGGAGGAGGUUGGUGACGGGAGAAAGAGUGGGAGGGAGGGCAGCGAGGGGGGUGCGGCGAGUGUGGGUGAGGCGGUGGGGAAACGGAGUGGACAGGUGAGCACUCCAUGUGUGCUGCCAGCGGGAGAGGCUGUUCCCUCGAUUCACGUGGCCAGGGGUGCGGAUGGGACAGGCAGGGGGCCGCAGGUGCAAAGCGAUGGAGAGGUGAACAAAGCGGUUGAUAUGGUGGGGCUGGUUACUGGCGAUUGUGGUGGAGGUGGUGGUAGUGGUGAAGGCAAUGGUGACGGUGGAGUGAAGGGUGCGAAGCCGGAGGACGAGGAGGAAGAGUGGGUGGGGGAUGGAGAAGAGAAGCCGGCAUGUGCAGUGAGAAUUCUCCCCAAUGCUGCCACCACCAGCACUGUGCGACUGCCACCUGCCCCCCUGCCCCUGCACGCCCUCGCCCAACCGCCCUUCCCCUCGCCCAAGAAGGAGCGCACUCAGCGCACCGUGCCCCGCCGCCUCCUCUCCUUCCCACCCCUCGCCCUCCCUGCCCUCCCUGCCCUUCCCCCCCCACUGAUCCCCCCCACUCCGCGCACCCCCCGCCCCAGUGCCCCCCCCAGCGCAUCCCGCAAGGCCAUGCCACCAGGCAGGCGGGCAGGCGGCAGUGUGGAGACUGCGGAGGUUGGGGGGGGGGCGGGCAGUGGGGCGGCAGAGGCUGGAAGUGACAAGGCCGGUGGUACGGCAGGGAAGGUGGAGGGGCACAAGGACCAAGCAGGCCUGAAGGAGGAGGAAUUUGAGGUAGGUGCGGGUGCUGCUGGUGCUGGUGGUGGUGGUGGUGGUGGUGUUGGCGGUGGUGGUGAGAAUGGGGCUGGGGUUGGCAGCAGUGGUGAGUGGAGGGCGAAGGAGAGACAGCGUGCACGGGCCGAGGGAGAGAGGGCUGGAGCAGAUGGUGAGGAGGAGGAGGCGGGAAGGGGAGUGGGUGCAAAGGCUGUGGCGCACAGGGGGAAGCGGGAGAGGGAGGAGCAACAAGGGAUCGACAUUAAGAGACAGCGGAGGGAAGGAGCAGCUGGUGAAGGGGGAGAAGAGGGAGAGCGGGGAGAAAGGGGAAAGAGCAGAGUGGGGGGAGAGGAGGGGGCAGAGGAGGGAUAUGGGGCGGAGGAGAAGGGUGUAAAAGGGAAAGGGGCGUUGGAUGGAGAUUGGAGGAGGGGAGGGGUGGUGGGAAGAGGGGGAGGGAAGGGCAGAGGAAGAAAGAGAGGGGCGGCGAAUGGGAAUGCAGGCGAGCGAGAUAGGGCAGCGCAGCAGGGGGAGAAGCAGAGGAGCAUGCAGCAGCAGCGCGACAGGCGGGGGCGAUGGAGGCAUGGGGGCAAGCGCGGUGGCAUGAAGGGGGGAGGCGGGAGGAGGGCGGUGAGGACGGAGGGCAAGGAGGAGGGUGCAGCGAGGGUAAGUGGUGCGGAUGGCAGAGAGAGGGAGGGAGGGAGGGCGCAAGAGAAUGAAGAGCAGAUGCAGAAGCAGGUGAAGGAGGGUGCAAGGGAGGAUGGUACAAGGCGGAGUGAGGCACGGACCAGUGAUAGGAAACGAGGCGGUGGCAGGGGAGGGGGCGGGUCGGCACUGUCUCGAUGCCGCGAGGGGCAGGUGGGGGCGGUGGGUGCAGUGGGUGGGGCGAAGGGCAGCGGUGGUAAGCAGGAGACGGACGGGCUGUGGUCUGGUGGGAGCAGUGAGGGGAUGCAUGGGCACGGGGGGAGAAGUGUGGGAGGUGGUGGGAGUGAGGGGGACGAGGAGAGUGCGAGUGAGAGUGAGAGUGACAGCUUCUCAAGCCUGUUUCGAGAGGAGGAGAGUGAGGAGGAGAGUGGGGGCCAGGGAGGGGGCGAGGACAUAGAGGUGGAUGGGCCAAACCUGGAGGGGCACGCGGCAGGAGGGGGUGGAACAGAGAGGAGUGCGUCACAGGAUGGCAGUGGUGCUUCUGGCAGCGGUGGUGGCAAGGAGUCUGGCAUGGAAGGCUGGCAGCAGGGCGGCAGGGGGAGGGGAGGGGAACAUGGAGGGGAGCAGGAGGGAGGGGGAGGGGCGAGCAGGGCGGGGCAGGCAGGCAGCGCGUGUCUGGCCACCAGCAGCCCUGCCUCCGCCGCCACACCCCUGCCACACCUCGCUGCCAGCCCCCACCUGCACUGCACCACAUACGUCACUGCCAGCCCUCACCUGCUCGCCAGCCCGUACCUUAACGCAAGCCCGCGGUUCACGAGCCCGUACCUACCCUAUAGCCCCGGCAUGGGCGCCAGCCCCGUGGGCAGCACCACCUUCUCCCCGCACCCGCUGCUUGACGCCCCGCUCUCCUCGUGUGCCUCGCCCGCUGCGGUGCUGGCGGGCGAGGAGGGUACAGAGGAGAGAGGGGGUGAGCAGCGGCGUGGUGAGGAGAGGGGCAAGCGGAGGGAGAGGACACGUCUGGAGAAGGACGUUGCUGGUGCUGCUGUGGUGGGGCAGGCAGGCGCACUGGAAGGCAUUUCUGUGCCCGCUGCAGCUGCUGCCUCGGCUGCUGCUUCUGCUGCUGCCGGUGCGCCUUGCCAGGACGCCUCUGACGACCCAAGCAGAGGGUGCUCCGCUCUUGCCCCCCCUGCUGUUGCUGCUGCUGGCAGCAGUGGUGGAACGGUUGGGAGUGGUGACUUGGGAGGUGGAAUGCUGGGGAGCGGUGACAAGGGUGGGGGAACAGUUGUGAGUGGUGACUUGGGUGGUGGUGCUGGCCUGGAGUUGAAAGCGGUCAAGAGAGGUGCAGAGAAGAGAGGGCGCGAGAUGGAGGAGGAAGCAGAAGCGGGGUUGGAGGGCGAUGAGGAGCGUGCGGAUGGCAGGAAGGGGGGAUCAGCGGGCGAGCUAUGGGGGUUGAAGCGCCAGCGGUCGAGGAGAGGCGGCAGGCCCGUGGUUGCUGGCAGCGGGGGAGCGGGGGAAGCGAGGGAAGCAGUAGAGGGAGGGGAGGUGAGGACAGGAGGUGCGAUGGAGGGAGUUGUGAGAGGCGUGGAGCAGCCUGUAGGGUCGUGA